AUGCACAUUAACGUGGUCGUUAUCGGCCACGUCGAUUCCGGAAAAUCCACCACCACCGGUCACUUGAUCUACAAGUGCGGAGGAAUUGACAAGCGUACCAUCGAGAAGUUCGAGAAGGAAGCCGCCGAGUUGGGCAAGGGUUCUUUCAAAUACGCUUGGGUUCUUGACAAACUAAAGGCCGAGCGUGAGCGUGGUAUCACCAUUGAUAUCGCUCUCUGGAAGUUCGAGACUCCUAAGUACUAUGUCACCGUCAUUGAUGCCCCAGGUCACCGUGAUUUCAUCAAGAACAUGAUCACUGGUACCUCCCAGGCUGAUUGCGCCGUUCUCAUCAUUGCCGCUGGUACUGGUGAGUUCGAGGCUGGUAUCUCCAAGGAUGGUCAGACCCGUGAGCACGCUCUCCUCGCCUACACCCUCGGUGUCAAGCAACUCAUCGUUGCUAUCAACAAGAUGGACACCACCAAAUGGUCCGAGGCCCGUUUCCAAGAAAUCAUCAAGGAGACCUCUUCCUUCAUCAAGAAGGUCGGAUACAACCCAAAGACUGUUGCCUUCGUUCCAAUCUCCGGAUUCAACGGUGACAACAUGAUUGACAACUCCCCCAACUGCCCAUGGUACAAGGGUUGGGAGAAGGAGACCAAGGCUGGAAAGUCCACCGGAAAGACCCUCCUCGAGGCUAUUGAUGCCAUCGACCCACCUUCCCGUCCUACCGACAAGCCCCUCCGUCUUCCUCUUCAGGAUGUUUACAAGAUUGGUGGUAUUGGCACGGUGCCAGUCGGACGUGUCGAGACCGGUGUCAUCAAGGCCGGUAUGAUCGUCACCUUCGCCCCAGCUGGUGUCACCACUGAAGUCAAGUCCGUCGAGAUGCACCACGAGCAGCUUGUCGAGGGUCUCCCAGGAGACAACGUUGGUUUCAACGUCAAGAACGUUUCCGUCAAGGAAAUCCGUCGUGGUAACGUUGCUGGUGACUCCAAGAACGAUCCACCAAUGGCCGCCGAGACCUUCGAUGCUCAAGUCAUCGUCCUCAACCACCCAGGUCAAGUUUCCGAUGGUUACGCUCCAGUUCUUGAUUGCCACACUGCCCACAUUGCUUGCAAGUUCAAGUCCAUCAAGCAGAAGAUCGAUCGUCGUACUGGUAAGGCUCUUGAGGAGAAGACUGAUGACAAGAAGUUGAUCAUCAAGUCUGGUGAUGCUGCUAUCGUCACCAUGGAGCCAUCUAAGCCCAUGUGUGUUGAGGCUUUCACUGACUACGCUCCUCUUGGUCGUUUCGCCGUCCGUGACAUGAGACAAACCGUCGCUGUCGGUGUCAUCAAGUCCGUCAAGAAGAUCGACAAAGCCACCAAGGUCACCAAGGCUGCUGCCAAGGCAGGUGCUAAGAAAUAG